AUGCUGGUCAUUCCCAAGCAACGCCGAACCUCCGCCGCGAGCGGCGCGCGGAAAGAAUCCUCCCCGCCGGAGGAGGGCGCGCCACGAACGUCCUCGCCCGAUGAAAAUGCGGACGCCGGGAACGCCGGAACCUCUCCCGCGGUGAAGGGACCCCCUCCCAAGCGCGCGCGCUCCGCCGCAGCCCCGGUAAAGUCCUUCGACGGCGCCAAGAAUUUCAUCGCGCAGCUCCAGGCCUCCGAUGCGGACCCAAAGCCCAAGGCGCGCGCGAACACGUCGUCUCGAAAGGCUCCCGGAUCCGGUGACGCAUCGCAGAAUAGAGGCGGGCCCGCGGGGGGUUCCAAUCGCCUGGACGAACUCGAGGAGGACGCCAUGCACGCGCUCAGCGACCUCCUCUCUCAGGACCCCGAAGACAGCUUCGCGCUGGGCGGGUCGGACGCCGGGACCGCGCCGACCGCGCUCGCCGCGCGCGCCCCGAAGCGCGUCCGCUCCAACGUCGUCGCGGCCAAGCCCGGCGGGGCAAAGGCCAGGCGAACCUCCGCGGGGGGCUCGGCGAGGGGCAAAUCCAAGCAGCAGAGCGGGAGCGACAGCGGCAGCCAGGGAACCACGACGCAGGCUGCAAACGCGCAGCAGCAGCUCGACGGACCGUCAGCCUCGCGCAAGGCUGCGGACCACCGCCGGCUUCUCAAGUCCUACAUGAAGGCGCUCUUCCGCCACCUCAAGCUUCCCGUCGAGUACAAAUCCGCGGCGUCGGCAACCUACCGCGACCGCAUCAACAACGCCCUCGCGUACUGGUUCGGAGACUCCUUCGCGCCCGGUAAGACUACCAGGGAGUGCCACGCCCCGAAGGUGGUGUGCUGCCUGGUCAGAAUCGCGACCAGCGGCCGAGUGGUGAUCCGCCCCGAGGACGUGUCCGAGAUUCUGGUAAAGGGGCUGCAGGCUAAGAACGCCAACUACGCCGUGAGCGCCGCGGCGCUCCGUAAGCACAAGAUCGCCGACGCCGAGCUCAGGACAAUGUUCGACGGCGAGACCCGGACGACGGACGGAUGGCCGAGGGGCCUGCCCCUGAACCUUCCAGAUCGCGACGAGGCUCUGCCCGACUUUGACUCGAAAGCCGCGAAGGUCGACGCCGCGCUGUCGCCGGUCAAGGAGGAGCCGAACCCCGCCGAGGCUGACGAGGGCGGCGGUGAGAUCGACGGCGCGAUCAAACCCGUGGCGGCGGUGAAGGGCGCGAGGUCCAAGCGAGGCGGAGGCGCGAAGAGACCCGACGUCACCGGGACGCCCGCUCCCCCCGCCGCCGUCAAGACCCACGGCGCGACAGUCGUCGGAGACUCGCCGCUGUUCUCGCCGGUGGGCCACGUCGCCGCCGCGUUCGCGGCCGCGGCGCUCAUGCCCGAACCCUCGGACAGGAGCGAGGCGGCGCGGGAGUUUACGACGUCCAUGGUGGACCCGCUCAUCGCGAGCGUGAGGGCGCAGGCGGACCCGGCUACUCGGAUGGAGAUGAUAAACUGCGCGCAGGGCGAGCUGGCUCGGCUGGCGACGGAGAUGGCGAGGGAGCACCACGAGGCGUCGCGCGCGGCGUUAGCGGCGGCCGAGGCGGACCAGCCGUACUCGCCCCCGGACGCGGCGAGCCCGUCGCGGCCGAGUAAGAGGCGCUGA